AUGGCGACGAAGAGGAAGCAGCCCGACAGCGACGCAACGCCAAAUUUCAAUCACAAGAUUCCUGCUAGCAUCAUGACGCCGGAUGAGGUGAGCACUUCCCUGGGCACCCUGCGUUUUUUUGAUGGACUCCCCGAUGACGCGACGGUCCAAAAGGUCUACGACAACCUUGACACCAUGCGUGCUGUUGAGGUGUUCUUGGAUUUUGUCCCUCUUGCCUCAGUGGAGGCACUACACCGUGGCUUCCAGGACCUGGGCGUGGACGCAUGCCACAAGAUCAUCCUGUUCUCGGAUCUCAUGGACUCCAGCAGCCUUUUCUUGACGGGCAACACGGACACCGUGUACGCCAUUGGGUUUCUGAACCUAAAAAGGGACGGGCCCACGGUUGUAGAGGUGCCUCCCGGCGCAGGUCCAGGCACCGUGAACGACGCUUUUUUUCGAUUCGUGGUUGAUAUGGGCGCCCCUGGUCCCGAUAGGGGCAAAGGCGGCAAGUAUCUACUGGCCUUCCGCCUAUUCCACCACCGUGCUUGUCUCGGGGGGGAGGCACCGGUCCCAGCGGAGUACUUCGUCAAGAAGAGCCCGACGUAUGUCAAUUGGCUGCCCCUGCGGGGCUUCAUGAAGGACGGGGGGACGGCCGCGGCCGUGAAGAUGGUCUUCAACACCAUCCACGCCAACGACGUGAGCUUCUACCGAGAGAUCGACGCGGUCAUCCAGCGAGAGCCCAUCGACGCCCUGCCGGCCGAGAUCCGUGGCAACCUGGCGGCGAUCGGCAUGCAGAGGGGCAAGCGUUUCGCGCCCGACGAACGCAUGCAGAGGCUCCUGGUGGACGCGGUGGCCAUCGGCAACGCCACGGCGCGUUCCAUCGCCUUCCGGCCGCGCUCCGAGACCAUCUGGUACUACGGCAGAGAGAGCAGCUGGUUCACCGCCUUCGAUGGCGGCGACUACCAGUGGCUAGUCGACAACGGCAACGGCGGGAGGAACAAGGAUGCCCGGACCCUCUUCUUCUACAUCGCCACGGUCAACACGCCUGCCAUGGUGCUCAAGAUGGUGGGCAUGGGGUCCCAGUAUGCACUGGCCGCCACCGACUCCGAGAAGCGGUAUCUGGACGGCAGCAAGACCUACAAAGUGGUCAUUCCUGCCGAUGCUCCUGUAAAGGACUUCUGGUCGCUCGUCGUGUACGACCCUCAGACCCGCUCUAUGCUCCAGACGAGCCAACCUUAUCCCAGCAAGAACAGCGAACGAAACGAAGACAUGGUGAAGGGCUCGGAUGGUUCGACGACGAUUUGGUUUGGGCCGAAGGCUCCCAAUGGCUGCGAGAAGAAUUGGGUUCAGACUGUGCCAGGUAAAGGUUGGUUCCUUUGUUUGCGAUUGUAUGGCCCUCUGCAGACGUGGUUCGACAAAACUUGGCGACCCAGUGAGAUCGAGCUGGUGGCGUGA